AUGAAGCUAUCAGAAAUUAAGAAGUUAAAAGUGGCUGAGCUUCGGUUGAGGCUUGAAGAAGCCGGUUUGGACAGUCGGGGGCUCAAGGGAGACCUUGUAGAGCGGUUGUGGUCAUUUCUGGAUGACGGCAGCCAACAAGGGAACACGCAUAAACAGGACAGUCAGCGACAAGGUAAUAAUGAUACUCUGGAAGUGGAGGUGGCCCCCAUUUCCUCUUUAUCUCCAUGCUCUACCGUGGUGGAAAUACCCGGUGCGACCACAAUGAACGGACAGACGGACCUGGCCCAAGAGUUCCACGACUCCGCCACGCAGACUGAAGCUGAAGUACUUCCUGACACUCCAGUAUGUCAAGUCGAGAAGAAUGAGCUGGAGCAGCCGGCGGCAGAGGAGGAACGAGGUCGAGCGUUCUACGAGUUUAAAGAAGAGAUUCGAUAUAAAAGAGCUAAACCACCAAAAGCUCCACCAAAGAAAGAGGAGGUUGAUGCAGAUUACGGAGAUAUAAUCAAACUGCAUUCAUAUGACAGUCACCUACACUUUGAGGUGGAUUCGGACGGCGCCUGCGGCCAGCCGCGAUUUUGGGUCAAAUUUCCCCUGCUUUGGUCCGGAUGCAGACUCUCGCACGGGGUCUCACAAGGUCGGGUGGGCUUCCAGGUGAGGCUAGAGAGGAGGCUGUCGAUCUCACAGCCAGAUGCCUCGCAAGGCGACCAGACUUACGGGAUGAGAAUAGGCUGGUCCGCUGCCCAAACGUCCCUCAUGCUAGGACAAGAAGAAUUUUCUUUCGCCUAUGAUAGACGUGCUAGAAAAGUGACGUGCGGGAAAGAAGAAGAGUUCGGGGAGCCGUUUUGCGAAGGGGACAUCAUUGGAUGCUAUGCCUCUUUCUCCACGAAAGGCGACGUUCAGCUCUCCUUCCACAAAAAUGGCCGUUUUAUUGGCGUGGCCUUUUCCCUGGAGGCAUCCAAACUACGAGGCCGUGCUCUUUUCCCUCACGUGUUGUGUAAGAGUUGCGUGGUGCGCUUCCUAUUGGACCCCACGGAUCUCCCCUGGUAUCCCGUUCCUCCUGGUUUCACCCAACUGGCGGCACUCCCCGCCGGGCUGAGAUGUCGCAACACAUCUGCACCGAGCUCCAUAGCGCAGAGUGAGAUGAUUUUAAUGGUGGGUCUCCCCGGUUCUGGUAAGAGCCACUGGGCCCGAGCUCACAUACGCCAGCAUCCAGAGAAAAACUACAAGCUGUUGGGCACCGAGGUGCUACUUGCAUGCAUGAUGGGCGGGGGCGCGAGGGAGCAGCGGCUGCAGCAAGCUGCCCAGUGUCUGACUGAGCUUAUCAAAAUGGCCGCUCAGACGCCAGGCAACUACAUCCUGGACCAGUGCAACACCCACUUCUCUGCACAGCAAUACAAGCUGCAGCUGUUCUCCAGCUUCGGGCGACGCAUGGCAGUGGUGCUUUUCCCCACGGCGGACGAGUGGAAAAGACGACUGUCACAGCAACGCGAGGCUGGCGAGGUCAUUCCCGAGAUUGCGUUGCUCAAACUCCAAGUCAGCUGCAGUCUUCCCGAGCAGCUCGCUGAUGUUUUGGACGAGUUGCGUUACGUAGAGCUGGAGCAGGAAGCAGCGCAGAUGCUGUUGCGGGAGUAUAAAGACGAGGCCCGCCGACUGCUACCGCCUGUUACCAAACCGGAAAAACCCAAGAAAUAUCUGGCUAAGAAAAGGCCAUAUCCGCAUUGGCCUCCAAUACCUCCUCCUCCUCACUUGGGAAGCCAAAUCAUGGCCUGGAAUAACAUGCCGUCUUGGAGCCAGCAUUGGAAUGUACCUUAUCAUGACCAAGCCAUGUACUACUGCAGUGGCAACGAGAGCUAA